AUGAGCGCCCAAACGCCCCCUACCAUGGGCCCGGACCCAGACGAGAGUCUCAGCGGGACGAUCAUUGGGGUUUCGUCCCUCUUCAGCGCCUUCACGGUCAUUUGCCUUGUGCUGCGUCUUCUUUCGAGAACUGUUACCCGAGUGGGAGUGAAGGUCGACGACUACCUAGCGAUUUGUGCCACAGUACUGUUGAUUGGCAUUCAAGUCUGUGUUGGUAUAAUGGCGAACAACGGAAUUGGACAUCAUAUGACAUGGUUGAUGGAGAAUCCUGGCUCCAUCCUCACCUUGGGAAAGACGACGCUGGCCUUUUCCUACAUUUACCCCACCACCCAGACAUUUGCAAAACUUUCCGCCCUGACAACCUUGACGCGGAUAUUCACGACACACGAGCGUUUCCUACGAUGGGGCUUUUACUUCCUUGCAACAUACGUGAUCCUCGUCUGGGUUGCUAGCAUGUUGAUGGUGUCGCUUCAAUGUACACCCUUCUCCUCGAACUGGGGUUAUCCAGUCCAAUGCGUAUACCCACCUGAAGCAAGUCUCGCAAUGAACACACUCAUCGCGACGACGGACUUGUUCCUUAUUAUCCUCCCCCAGCCAUCAAUCUGGAGGCUUAAACUGGGAGUCGGCCGGCGGCUGGGUCUUAGCUUGAUAUUCACAAUCGGGCUAUUGGCAUUCAUCGUGGCUAUUGUUCGCUUGGCUUUUGUGCAUCAGUUUCAGAGUUCAGUGGAUAUGACAUAUCACGAGAGUAUACCUGUCAUCUUCACCGUUGUUGAGCCCGCUUGUGUCAUCAUCUGCGGAUGUUUGCCGACGAUGCCGAAAUUGUUUCAUCCAAUUAGGCACUGGCAUGGCUGGUCGAAGAUAUCUUCCCUCAUCAGCAGUCGGAACGGCAGUCGGAACGGAACCAAGCCAAGUCAGGUCUCGAUGACUGACGGCAACAUUGAUAACUCAAUCAUCGCAACCAAGUCCUGGCGUGUUUGGCAUGGCCCUGAGAGCAACGCAAAGUCUUCAAGGGAUGCAUCUUCCGAAAGCACCGAGAGGCUUGAGCUUGGCCAGGUGAAUGGGUAUCGUACGGUUCAUGUAUCCAACGGACAGGGUUUCGGCCCUCGUCAAUAA